AACAACCUCCGCCGACCUUUCUUUCAAUCCCGUAAUCCGUCUGCGUAGGGUGUGCUCUGGGGCUAGUCUCGGCACACAUUUUAUUAUGAAACAAACCAAAAGCUAGAGAGCACACGCAGACAUAUUUUUAUAAGAAAAAUAAAAAUCGGUGAAGCAGGAUUUGAUUUGCCAACUCAAGCAACGCGAAGAAGACGCUGCCAUCGGUUAAGAAAGAAAGACGGAACGAGAAGAACGUUAGCAAGCUAAGCUGUUAGCGUCAUUGUUGAAAGCGUGGGCGAUUAACGUUAGCAAGUUGAGCCGUAGUCCGAGAACACGCUUUGCCAGCCAUGAAUCCCAGCGCGCCUAGCUACCCGAUGGCCUCCCUGUAUGUGGGGGACCUGCAUCCAGACGUUACCGAAGCCAUGCUGUACGAGAAAUUCAGCCCGGCCGGGCCUAUCCUCUCCAUUAGAGUAUGCAGAGACAUGAUCACCCGCCGUUCCCUAGGCUAUGCCUAUGUGAACUUUCAACAGCCAGCUGAUGCUGAAAGAGCUCUGGACACCAUGAACUUUGAUGUAAUCAAAGGCAGGCCUCUCCGUAUCAUGUGGUCUCAGCGUGACCCUUCACUGAGGAAGAGUGGAGUGGGAAAUAUCUUCAUCAAGAAUCUGGACAAGUCCAUUGAUAACAAGGCCCUGUAUGACACCUUCUCUGCAUUUGGAAACAUCUUGUCCUGCAAGGUGGUUUGUGAUGAAAAUGGCUCAAAGGGUUACGGCUUUGUGCACUUUGAGACCCAUGAAGCUGCUGAGCGGGCCAUUGAGAAAAUGAACGGCAUGUUGCUCAAUGACAGAAAAGUAUUUGUUGGACGCUUCAAAUCACGUAAAGAGCGGGAAGCUGAACUUGGGGCACGAGCCAGAGAGUUUACUAACGUUUAUAUCAAGAACUUUGGCGAGGACAUGGAUGAUGAGAAGCUGAAGGAGUUGUUUAGCAAAUAUGGGCCUGCCCUCAGUAUCCGGGUUAUGACUGAUGAGAGUGGCAAAUCCAAGGGAUUUGGCUUUGUCAGCUUCGAGAGGCACGAAGAUGCCCAGAAGGCAGUAGAUGACAUGAAUGGUAAAGAACUGAACGGCAGGCAAGUGUAUGUGGGCCGUGCACAGAAAAAAGGGGAGCGGCAGAAUGAGCUCAAGCGCAAAUUUGAGCAGAUGAAGCAGGAUCGCAUGACCAGAUAUCAGGGUGUCAAUCUGUAUGUGAAGAACCUGGAUGAUGGCCUAGAUGAUGAGCGUCUGCGCAAAGAGUUCUCUCCAUUUGGAACCAUAACAAGUGCUAAGGUGAUGAUGGAGGGUGGCCGCAGCAAAGGAUUUGGCUUUGUGUGCUUCUCUUCCCCAGAGGAGGCCACUAAAGCUGUAACAGAGAUGAAUGGGCGUAUUGUGGCUACAAAGCCACUGUAUGUGGCCCUUGCCCAGCGGAAAGAGGAACGUCAGGCUCAUCUAACCAACCAGUACAUGCAAAGGAUGGCCACUGUCCGAGCUGUUCCCAACCCUGUCCUUAACCCAUACCAGCCUGCUCCACCCUCAGGAUAUUUCAUGGCGGCUAUCCCACAGGCCCAGAACCGUGCUGCAUACUACUCUGCCAACCAGCUGGCCCAGCUCCGCCCCAGCCCUCGUUGGGCCACUCAAGGAGUGCGUCCUCAGCACUUCCAGAACAUGCCCAAUGCUAUGCGCCCAUCAGCACCCAGGCCCCAGACCUUAAACACCAUCCGUGCAACUGCCACCACCAACACCCAGGUCCCUCGCAUGAUGGCUUCCCAACGUAUGCCUACCCAGGCACUCAGCCAGCGCCCUGCCAACGCUUCAGCUGCUGCGGCCCCAGUGCGUGCCAUGCCCCAGUACAAAUAUGCUGCUGGCGUGCGCAAUCCUCAGCAGCACAUGCCCUCCCAGCCACAGGUCACAAUGCAGCAGCCGGCUGUCCAUGUCCAAGGACAGGAGCCUCUGACUGCCUCCAUGCUGGCUGCUGCCCCACCUCAGGAACAAAAGCAGAUGCUGGGUGAGCGUCUGUUCCCCCUGAUCCAGAACAUGCACCCCAGCCUGGCUGGCAAGAUCACCGGUAUGCUUCUGGAGAUUGACAACUCAGAGCUGCUUCACAUGCUUGAGUCACCUGAGUCACUGCGCUCAAAGGUGGAUGAGGCUGUUGCUGUGCUCCAGGCCCACCAGGCCAAGGAGGCUGCUCAGAAGUCCUCCACCCCUGCUGGUGUUCCCAGCGUCUAA